AUGGCUACUGGUCUUCCUGCCAGUUGGGCCGAGUUUAUGGAUUACGCCUUGGUCUACUCUGCAACGGCUAAGCAGAACAGACGCAUUGAGGACUAA